GCCCAUUGACAAGGCUCUAAUGCCCAGUGGAAUGGAAAUAUUAUACUGUCAUUUUCUAUUCCACCCACAUCUCAAUCAUUUACUGCAUGUCUGUUGUACAAAGGAUGGGUAAAUUCGCAAAAUAUCAAGACAAUUUUUGGAUCUUGCUCCCCCAAAUAAAAUCCACUUUAACUGCAGCUUCAGCACUCCUGAUGUAAGGCUGUCUGGUUGUCACUAUAACCAAAACCACAGCAGGAAUAUUAUUGAGGGUGUGUAAGAGAACAUCCCUUCCCCCACGUGUGCACACCCAUAAUGAUAAAUGACAUAGGCAGAGUAUAAACUAGUCAGGCAGGCAAGGGUCAAAACCAGGGGAUCAAUCAGAGGGAUUAAGCAGAAGUGGAGUCGGGUAUCAGGCAAGGGUCAGAAUACAGGAGUUCAGAACCGUCAAAAAGCCAGGUAGGGGUCAAAACAGGAAUCAAGGUCAGAAUACAGAUUUAGCUCAAACCUCAAAAGCACCAGGAAUAAACCUAUAAUGGGCAAGGACCUGAAGCCCAAAUGAAAGUUUUAUAGUAUUUGAUUUUCACGCCAUUGCACACCAGCGCCAUCACGCCACCGUGUCCGCGUCAAUAAAUGAAGCGAGACGCACGCGCCCUAAGUAACCGGUGUGGAGGCAGAAGAGGAGCGGCAUGGCGGGCGUCCCCGCCGCACCACUAGACCACCAGGGUGAGUACGAUUUGUUACAAUGAUGUUUUGCUGUCUAAUUUGGUGCUUGUACUAAUGCCAUUAUCCCCUGAAACUGAAAUACACAUGGGGCCCCCCUCUAAGCUAAUUUAUGCAGAAGUCAUUCCUUUCAGGAGGUGAAUAAAUCCAAGAAUGGAAAGAAAAGGCACGAGCGGAACAAGAGCAGCUUUAGAAAGAAAAAUCGCUGUAAUGAGACGAUGUGGCAACCUGCUCCUUAUUAAUGAAUGUUACAGGGAUUUGUAAUGUAAUCAUGUUAAACAGAACACGACUCUUCCUGUUCCCUGCAAGCCUGGUUAGUAGGCGAGAUGGAAUGAAUCCUGCCAGCAAUAAACACAUCAGGCAGGCUCAUGUAGCAGAAGAUCUUAGAAGCCUUUUGCAGUAUAUAUGAAGAUAAGGCAUGGGUAGGGCAGCAUCUUAGGGCUGUGGAGGAGAGACUUUCAGAGCAGACACAUGGCUAUAAGCAAAUUGGAAUCCUUGCAACAGUUUGCUGAGCAGAAGACCACAAUGUCCCCUCGACUGGUACCAUGCGGUGCUACCUUUGUUCCUUUUCCUGGACUGGAACCAUCUCUGUUUGACAAUGGGCACAGGGUGCAAGUGGAGUUUUAUGUGAACGAAAAUACCUUUAAAGAAAGGUUGAAGCUUUUCUUCAUCAAAAACCAAAGAUCAAGUCUCAGAAUCCGGCUGUUCAACUUCUCAUUAAAGCUCCUCAGCUGCAUGCUCUAUAUAGUGCGUGUCCUGCUUGAUAACCCUUCUAAAGGCGAUGGAUGGUCUUCUAUAAUAUGGGUGAACAGAAGCCUUCCUGUAUGGGGAAUGCAGGUGACAGUGGCAUUGAUAAGCCUUUUUGAAACUAUCUUGCUUAGUUAUCUCAGUUACAAGGGAAAUAUUUGGGAACAGAUUAUCCGAAUACCCUUUAUUUUAGAAAUGGUCAACACUGUGCCAUUUAUUGUUACUAUUUUCUGGCCGCCUCUAAGAAAUUUGUUUGUUCCUGUUUUCCUAAAUUGCUGGCUGGCUAAACAUGCCCUGGAAAAUAUGAUUAAUGAUCUUCACAGAGCAAUCCAACGAACACAAUCUGCAAUGUUUAAUCAAGUCCUUAUUUUGAUAUCAACAUUGUUAUGCCUUAUUUUUACCUGCAUUUGCGGGAUUCAGCAUUUGGAACGAGCUGGGAAUCAACUGACAUUUUUCGAUUCUCUUUAUUUUUGCAUUGUGACUUUUUCCACUGUGGGAUUUGGCGACGUCACGCCAAAGAUCUGGCCUUCGAAACUUCUUGUGGUCAUCAUGAUCUGUGUUGCACUGGUGGUUCUUCCUAUUCAGUUUGAGCAGCUGGCCUACUUGUGGAUGGAGAGACAAAAGUCAGGGGGAAAUUAUAGCCGGCACCGUGCACAGACAGAAAAACAUGUGGUGUUAUGCGUCAGCUCCUUGAAGAUAGACUUGUUGAUGGAUUUCCUGAAUGAGUUUUAUGCACACCCAAGGUUGCAGGAUUAUUAUGUGGUUAUUUUGUGCCCCACUGAAAUGGACGUGCAAGUUAGAAGAGUGCUUCAGAUCCCUAUGUGGUCUCAGAGAGUUAUUUACCUACAGGGUUCAGUCCUGAAAGACCAAGAUCUACUAAGAGCAAAAAUGGAUGAUGCAGAAGCCUGUUUUAUACUGAGUAGCAGAUGUGAAGUAGACAGGACAGCAGCAGAUCAUCAGACAAUACUAAGAGCGUGGGCAGUGAAAGACUUUGCUCCCAACUGUCCCCUUUAUGUUCAGAUACUGAAGCCAGAAAACAAAUUUCAUGUCAAAUUUGCAGAUCAUGUUGUGUGUGAAGAAGAAUUCAAGUACGCAAUGCUAGCUCUGAACUGCAUAUGCCCGGCCACUUCGACACUUAUCACAUUGCUGGUUCAUACUUCAAGAGGACAGGAAGGACAACAGUCACCAGAGCAAUGGCAAAAAAUGUACGGUAGAUGCUCAGGAAAUGAGGUUUACCAUAUUAGAAUGGAAGAGAGCAUUUUCUUUGCUGAAUACGAAGGGAAAAGUUUCACAUAUGCCUCAUUCCAUGCACACAAAAAGUUUGGUGUCUGCCUUACGGGUGUUAGAAGAGAAGAUAACAAGAAUAUUUUGCUGAACCCAGGGCCAAGAUACAUCAUGAAUGCCACUGACACUUGCUUUUACAUUCAUGUCACAAAAGAAGAGAAUUCUGCUUUCAAAAUGCAAAAUCAUCUUGAAAAGCUCAGCAAAUACAAAUCCGCUUACCACGGACCAUCCAGACUACCUGUACACAGUAUAAUUGCAAGUAUGGGCACGGUGGCAAUAGAUCUGCAAGACACAACAUGCCAUUCCUCCAGUGGACCAACACUUACUCUUCCUUCAGAAUGCAGUAAAGAAGGAAGGAGACCCAGUAUAGCCCCUGUGCUCGAAGUAGGUGACAAUGCCUCUUUACAGCCAUGUGAUCUUCUUAGUGACCAAUCAGAAGAUGAAACCAACCCUGAAGAUGAUGAAUGUUCUGAAGCCAAUGAGUAUCUCAAAGGAUAUCCACCUAAUUCUCCAUACAUUGGGAGCUCCCCUACAUUUUGUCACUUACUGCAAGAAAAGGUUCCUUUUUGCUGUCUACGUUUGGACCAGGGUUGCCAGCAUAACUAUUAUGAAGAUGCAAGAGCAUAUGGCUUUAAGAAUAAAAUAAUCAUUGUAGCUGCAGAGACAGCAGGCAAUGGGUUGUAUAAUUUUAUUGUUCCUCUCAGAGCUUACUACAGACCAAAGAAGGAGCUUAAUCCAAUCAUAUUACUACUGGAUAACCCGCCAGAUUUGCAUUUUCUGGAUGCAAUCUGUUGGUUUCCAAUGGUCUACUACAUGGUGGGCUGUAUUGACAACUUAGAUGACUUGCUAAAAUGUGGAGUGACAUUUGCAGCCAAUAUGGUCGUCGUCGACAAGGAGAGCACAAUGAGUGCCGAAGAAGACUACAUGGCUGAUGCCAAGACAAUAGUUAAUGUGCAGACACUUUUCAGGUUAUUUUCAAGUCUCAGCAUCAUUACUGAACUAACACAUCCAGCCAACAUGAGGUUCAUGCAAUUCAGGGCCAAGGACUGUUACUCAUUAGCACUUUCCAAGCUGGAGAAGAAAGAGCGAGAAAGAGGUUCUAACCUGGCAUUUAUGUUUCGCCUGCCUUUUGCUGCUGGGAGAGUAUUCAGCAUCAGCAUGCUAGACACUCUGCUGUAUCAGUCCUUUGUGAAAGAUUACAUGAUCUCAAUUACAAGACUUCUUCUGGGCUUGGACACCACACCAGGAUCUGGAUUUCUUUGUUCUAUGAAAAUUACAGAGGAUGAUCUGUGGAUUAGAACAUAUGGAAGACUCUACCAAAAGCUCUGCUCUUCAUCUGGAGACAUUCCAAUUGGAAUAUAUAGAACAGAAUGUCAGAAACUUACCACAUCUGAGUCUAGGGAAAUGGCUUCCCAAUCCCAGAUUUCAAUAAGUGUAGAAGAAUGGGAAGACACAAAGGAGAUGAAGGAACAAACGGCAAACAAGAACAACCAUCGAAAUUCUACAUCAAGUGACCAGUCAGAUCACCCCUUAUUGAGACGGAAGAGCAUGCAGUGGGCAAGAAGGCUGAGCAGAAAAGUACCUAGGCAUUCCAACAAAACAGCUGAAAGAAUAAGUCAGCAAAGGAUGACACUAUGUCGAAGAUCAGAGAGACAGGAACUAGCUGAAUUGGUCAAGAACAGAAUGAAGCACUUGGGUCUCUCUACAGCAGGUUAUGAUGAAAUGAAUGAUCAGCAGAACACCCUGUCCUACAUCCUCAUCAAUCCGUCCCCAGACACCAGACUGGAACUGGGCGAUGUUGUUUACCUUAUCAGACCAGAUCCACUGUCAUACGUUCCAGCCAAUGCAUCCAGCCGAAAAAGCAGUUUCUGCAACACAACUGGACAAGACUCGAGGGAUGAAACGCUGCUUUGAUAAAUUAGUGCAUCAGCUGAACGAAGAACUGAUCUGUGACUGUUAAAUUGCUAUUAGCAAUCAGGAACCAAUAGGCUGUUGCUAUAUGGCAUGAACCAACAUCUGUCCUCCAUUGCGCAGGCUGAACUAGAAACCAGUGAGCUCAUGUACUGUACAAAAGCAACUUCAUCAGUGUUAUUCUUAAUCCCUUCACUGCCAGAAUGGUUUAUUCUAAAAGCUAGAGAUCACCUGAGAUUUCAGACUAGAAUUUAGGACAUUUUUAUAAAAGCAACAGGGUUUUGUACAGAACAAAUUGCUUUAGCAUCCUCUUGCUUCAAACGGUAAUAUUUUGUAUUUGGAUAAUCACAAAAAUGUGUUUACUGAAUGCUUGGCUUUUAGUAAUGUCUCUGUUGCAAAAUAACAAAUAGGUUAAAAUUUCCAGAAAUCUGUCACAAUCAAAGAUGGACACAAUCACUGAGUAAUACUGUAACAAACAAAAUUUGCAGUGAAUAUGAGAAUAGGGAAAUUGUAUGGUGAAGUAUUUCUAAUUAUUGGUAGUAUUAUAUUAAGAUGAGUGGGAAUUUCAAACUUUUGAAACUUAAAUGAACAUGCACUGGGGAAGUCUACAGAUUAUACAAGGGGCCAGUGUAAGAGGUCUUGCAAUGCAAUGCCCCUGUGCUAGUAAUUGUUAUACAAUAGCUAUAUUUUCAUAUUUAACACUGUUAAUAUAACAUUUUAGGAGUGUGUCUACAGUUACUUAUUCGGCUCUUUCUUCUCCGUGUGUGUUUUAUUACAUAAAGUACACUGCGCUCUGGUUAUUAUAAAAUGAGCAAGCUUUUUAUCCUUAACAAUCAGGCCCGGAUUUGUGGAAAGGCCACCUAGGCCCGGGCCUAGGGCGGCAGGAUUUUAGGGGGGCGGCAUGCU